ACAAAAAUGAAUUUCUUUCAUCCACUUCUACAAACUUUGCAAUGUAAGGAUCUGCAUUUUUAAUUUUAGUCAUGCGUUUCAAUCUUAGUGCUGAUCGACAACAAACUACUCUUAAUCUCCUCAAUCCACAGAUCAAACUUGAAGAGAAUGACCCACUCCUCCCUCCCAUCUAUUAAAUGACGUAAUAGGAACUACUACAAAGACACAUUGCCGACUCUAAACCUCUUGGUAUGCAAAUGUAGACUCUUCCCCAACAGCAAGAGCAACCUAAAGCUAUCAACAAGAAAAUGUAUAUUGUUUAAAUAUCUCUUAGAAGCAAAAAAACCAAUACUUGUGGUCAUCCAGACAAAGAACAUUACGCCAAGGGAAUGUGCAACAAUUGCUAUCAUCGUUUAGGCAGAAACAAACAGCCUUGGUUAUGUUCACACAAAAAACUAUAUGCAUGUAAUUAUCAUCUCAAUCCUUUUAGGUGGACUCUGUUAGAAUUGCUAUAUCAAUCAAUAUAAUAAAAAACGAAGAGUCGAAAAUCAAGAUCAACAAGAAUCAGAACUCAAUAACCACUCCAGCAUACCAAAAACAGACAAUUGA